AUGGAGGUUUCCGUCGAACUUGAAGAUGAUCUAUUUUUUGCAGACCUAAGCAAGCAAAUAUCUCUCUUAAUUAUGGACGAGGAUGAAGAAAACCCUCUCUCUUCUUGCCAUCAUCAACACUCUCUUCAGUCUUUCUCUGGAGCAAUCUAUCGUCCUCCUCCACAGUCGAAUAUCAUGUACGAGCAGAUGGGUUUGAGAAGACAAGAAAGCAAAGGGACAGGUGUGUUCAUCCCGCAGUCAACAACACAGCCGAGAAGGAAGCAAAGGAAAGGAAGAUCUUCUUCUUCAUAUGCAAAAUAUCAAAAGCAGUCUCAAGAUACAACAAAAACAGUUUCUCAAUAG